AUGGCCCCUGUAAUCGGCCAGAAAGAGCAUCUGACGGAUGAUGACAGGCUAACCAGGAUCGCCCAGGCGGACUUGAAGCCAUGGUACAAGAAGCCGAGGUUGAGAUUUCUGUACCUCAUCAUGAUACCGACCUGUCUCGGAGUGGAAUGGACCUCUGGCUUCGACUCGUCCAUGAUGAACAGCCUGCAGGCGGUCCCGGCCUGGGUUGAGUACUUCGACAACCCGCAGGGGGCGCAGCUCGGCCUCCUGGGGGCCAUAUACUCGCUCGGGGGCCUCAUGGCGGUGCCCUUCGUGCCGAGCGUGUCGCAGCGGCUUGGGCGGCGGUGGACCAUCCUCGCGAGCUCGCUGGUCAUGUGCUUCGGGGCGGGCAUGCAGGCCGGGGCGCGCAACACGGACAUGUUCCUCGCGUCGCGCUGGGUGCUCGGCUUCGGCAUCCCGUUCGCAAUCGUCAACGCGUCGUCCAUGCUGGGCGAGCUCAGCUACGCGAGGGAGCGGCCCGUGAUGACGUCGCUCUUCAACGCGAGCUGGUUCGUGGGCGCCAUCAUCGCGGCGGGGACGACGUACGGCACCUUCCAGAUGGCGACGACGUGGUCGUGGCGGCUCCCGUCGCUGCUCCAGCUCGUGCCGUCCAUGUGCCAGAUCUGCUUCAUGUACUGGCUGCCCGAGUCGCCGCGCUGGCUCAUCUCGCGGGACCGGCACGAGGAGGCGCUCGCCAUCCUGCUCGAGUACCACAGCGAGGGCGCCGACGGGGGCGAGUUCGCGCGGCUCGAAUUCGCGCAGAUCCAGAACACCAUCGCCAUCGAGAAGGAGACGGCGGCGCGGUUCGUGUGGGCCGACGUGUGGCGCGACGCGCCCAUGCGCAAGCGCUUCGCGCUGGCGGCCGUCGUGGGCUUCUUCACGCAGUGGAGCGGCAACCUGCUGCUGUCGGUGUACAUGAAGAAGAUCCUCAAGAUGGUGGGCAUCAACGACGACCGGCUGGUGCAGCAGAUCAUCCUGAUCAACACGUGCUGGGGCCUCAUCAACGCCGUGCCCAUCGCCUUCUUCGCGCCGCGGUUCCCGCGCCGGCGCAUGUUCCUCAUCUGCACCACGGGUACAGCCUGCGUCUACACGGCGUGGACCAUCGCGACGGCGCGGUACGAGAUCGACAAGGCGGCCGGGGCGGCGGUGCCCAUCAUCGUCUUCAUCUUUGUGUACUCGCCCUUUUACAACAUCGGCUGGAACGCGCUGACGUACACGUACAUGGUCGAGCUGUUCCCGUACGAGCAGCGGAGCAAGGGCAUCGCGGUGGAGCAGCUAACGGUGAGGCUGGCCGUCUUCUUCAACACGUACGCGAACCCCAUCGCCAUGGACGCCAUCGGCUGGAGGUACUACCUGAUCUACUGCGUCUGGAUCGUGGUCGAGAUCGCGACCGUCUUCUUCUGCUUCCCCGAGACGCACGGCCGCACGCUCGAGGAGCUGUCCUUCAUGUUUGAGGGCAAGGAACUGCAGGAUCGCGUGCGCAGCGGCGUCGACAAGAUGGUGCAGGCCGACGAGGCGGAACCACGCACGCCAGCAGACAGGGACAGAGUCUGAGCCGCAAGGUGGUGCUUGUCUGCGAA